AUGAAUUACGUAAAAGGACUCUUUUCCAAGAAGAACCAAGAAGAGGUUCAUCAAGAAGAUGAUGAAUCCGACGCCAAUGAAAGCCCACAGGAAGAACAAGAACAGGAACAAGUGAAGAAGAGAGUGAAGAAUUUUCCACCAUGCUAUCCUAUUGUAUAUCAUAGUUUUUCUGCUUGCGGAAAGAAGAAGUAUUUGGCAUUUAUGGGAUUGAUUGCGUAUUUUGCCUAUAUUUUACUAACGCUUUUCAACGCUGCAGGGUUGAUUAUUGGACUUGUAUCAAGCAAGCUUAGUGAUUACAUUGGAGGUAUUGCUAUUGCUGGAGCUAUUGCUCUGUUCUUUCCAGUCAUUGGAUUUUUUGCUCAAUAUUGGCUUCAUUAUGGAGCUUGUUCUCACAAGAACUCUGCUAGAUAUGUUUUGGCCUUUAUUUCCUACAUUGUUGGCAUUCUGUUUUCAUUGUUUAUGGCAAUUGGAGUUCCAUCAGCUGGUGGAUGCGGACUUGUGAGUGCUCUGUGGCUACUAACAAAGAUCGGUGACACUUUUUCCGUAGUCUUUAGCUUUGUGAUGGCUGCUGCUUGGGCCUUGAAUGUUGUCUAUCAAAUCAUCAUUGUCAUCUUGUUGUACAGACAUUUCAACGAGGAAGGUUCAUCUAUUGGUCGUGCCAAAGAUCAAAUUGUUGCCUUCUUUGCAAGAAGAUCACUUUCUAAUGCUGUUUCAGGAGUUGUUGGAAAUUAA